AUGGCGGAGGAAUCACACGUUCUUGAGAUCAAUCUCAUAUCGGCGCAAGGACUUAAAGAACCGACGGGGAAGCUCCGGAGAUUGCAGACGUACGCAUCCGUAUGGGUUGAUUCCUCCGACAAGCUCCGCACUCGGAUCGAUCGGAUCGGCGCCGAGAAUCCGAUCUGGAACGAUAAGUUCGUUUUCGAGGUUUCAUCGGAGUUCCUCUCCAGCGAAACUUCCGGCGUCUCCAUCGAGAUCUACGCCGUCGGUUACUUACGCGAUCAUCUCAUCGGAACCGUUCGUUUCCUCGUGAGUAACUUCCUCCCAACCGCCGCGGAGAAGGUUCCGUCUCUCGUCGCGCUUCAGAUCCGUCGUCCUUCCGGUAAGUUCCACGGCGUUCUCAACCUCGCCGCCAUGGUGAUCGACGCCUCCGAGCUACCGCCUGGUUUCUUCAAGUCCGUUAGAGAAAAGGAGGCGGAGAGUCGGAGGAGGAGUAGGAGGAUGAAGAAGUCGAGAUCUGCGGUUGUUUUAUCGGAGAACGGUUUAGCUGACGACGGAGGAGGAAGCUCGAAGGAGAAUUCGUUGAGCGGAUCGGUGAAUUUCUCGGACGACGGAACGGACUCGACGGCGUCUUCUCCGAUGCCGUCUCCGCUCAGAGACUGGAACGCAGUUCGGAAUACGGCGGGAAAGAAGAAUCACGUGAGGUGGUCAUCGGACGGCGGAGGGAUGAUGUGCUGUUUCUUGAUGAAAUCUUCUGGUAUGUUGCCGCCAAGAAAAGAGACGAUGGACGGCUGA